AUGGAUAAUACCACCUAAAAUCUGAAAUGCAAUAAGCAUCCAAAUAAAAACCAUGAAUUUAUUUAAAUAAAUGAUGUCCUAACUCAACAAAUCUCCACUAAUCCUCUCUUUUACUGCUCUUCCUGCUUUAAUAAUGAUCUUAACUUUAAAUCUAUCAAUUAUCUUAUGAUCGAGCAGAUUAUUUAAGAAGCAGACACUUAAAUUAUCCCAAAAUGGCCGCCAGUCAAUGAUUAUCAAAUCAUCUCAGAUCUCUUUGAUCUUUCAUAAAAAUAAUCUUCACUUGGCUGCGUCAAGCAGAUCACAGACUUCUUUGAUCAAUUAAAAGAAGAGUUUUUAAAUAAAAUAAAUCUCAUCUAAAAAAAGAUGAUCAAUGAAGCCUUGAAAUAUCCUGAUGAUCCAUAGCAAAUCCUCAAAAGAUAUUAAGAAAUCUCAAACAUUCUUUAGUUUAAGUAGCUUCUUAACAAUGAAAAACUAAAUAACAUCCAAGAUCAUUCAAUUCUUUGUAAAGAAUUUAUCUCAAAAAUGGAAUCUCAAAAAGAUAAAAACACUGAGUUGUUGUAAAAUCUACUUACCUAAGCAAAUUAAAUGCAAACGAAUUUCAACAUGGAAUAUCCUCACGUCAUUAAAUAGCAAUUAUUUACUCUUAUUGACUAAAUUUCUUUCUUUAAUUUAGAUAUUACUGAACUCAGUAAUACAAAUCAUAAUAACACUAGAAAUUAAAUGGAAACUAAUAUUAAAAAUCAAAAUAAUUAAAUUGGAGAUUUAAAAGUAACAUCUGACUUAAUCACUAAUAGUUUUAAUGACGAAAAUGAAUUUGAAUUCUUCAGAAACUCCAAAGAUAUAAAAUUGAAUACUUCAUUUGAGGAAAGCUUACUCAAUUUAGAUCUAAAAUUGUUUGCAACUUAGUGGGACAACGGGUAAGCAAAUUGUGUAAUAAAUAAAAAAGAAAAUGGCUAUUAUGAAAUUGAAAAAUUAAAUAAUAAUAAGUGGGUGAAUUGUAUAUCAAAUAUAAAUUUAUAAAAAAAUUAGAAGUAUAUUUUUAGGAUAAAACUUGAAAGCCUAAAUGAAGCUUAUUUUAUGAUAGGUCUAAUGAGGAAUUCGAAUGCUGAUUCAGAUUAUGGAUUUAGAGAGUAUUUAAGCUGCUACUUAUAUCAAAGUAAUCAAUCUGUUAUUAAAACUGGAGGUUAGGGCAUUGAUAAAUAAUUAAAGGGAGAAGGAUUUACGACAAGCGGAGAGAAUAUGAUAGAACUAAGAUUGUGUUUGAAAGAAUAAAUUCUAGAAGUGUUAGAUUAUCCUAAUUAUGAAUAUAAGUUAGGAUUAGAGGAUAAAUAUAAAGAGAAGCUUUCAUAAUUUGAUGAUCUAAGAUUUUAUCUUGGCUUUCGUGAUAAAGGAAGCAAAUAUAUUUUGAUGGAUAUUAAAGAUUACAAAGAAUUAAAUGAAUUUCUAUAUUCUUCACUUUAAUCUCAUUAGGUUCUUCAUAUUGACUUGAGUUGCAUUUAUAUUGAAGAUGAAGAUGCAUUAAGGUUAGGUUAUGCUUUAAAAAAUUACAUUUAUCUCUCAAAUUUGAUACUAGAUAUUCCUCACUGUAAUAUUUCUUAUGUAGGUGUAUCAGGCUUAGGUUAUGCUUUAGCAAAUUGCCUUAAUCUCUCAAAUUUGACACUUGGCUUUUGUUUUAAUUGGUUUGGUGAUGAAGGUGCAUCAAGCUUAGGUUCUGCUUUAGCAAAGUGCAUUACUCUCUCAAAUUUGACACUUGACCUUUAUUAAAAUUAAAUUGGUGACAAAGGUGCAUCAGGUUUAUUUUCUGGUUUAGGAAAUUGCAUUAAUCUCUCAACUUUGACACUUGACCUUCAUGGUAAUUAAAUUGGUGACAAAGGUGCAUCAGGUUUAUUUUCUGGUUUAGGAAAUUGCAUUAAUCUCUCAACUUUGACACUUAACCUUAGUUAUAAUUAAAUUGGUGAUGAAGUUGCAUCAGCCUUAGGUUCUGCUUUAACAAAGUGCAUUAAUCUCUCAAAUUUGACACUUAACCUUAGUGAUAAUGAAAUUGGUGACGAAGGUGCAUCAAGCUUAGGUUCUGCUUUAGCAAAGUGCUUUAAUCUCUCAAAUUUGACACUUGACCUUCAGUAAAAAUAGUUUAUUUGUUUUGGAUUGUGA